UUGCUUUUUCCUUUAAAAUAAUUUGAGGUUCAUAAACUGCAAUUCCCAUAACACAUUUGGCUUUAAGGUCUGACAGCAAACAGCGGAGUCUCCAAGAUGGCGGCGUGGGGAAGGAGGCGCGGUGUCCCAACCAACAGGGAGAGGAUAGCCUUGACAUCGGCUGAGUGUUACAUUGUCCAUGAGAUCUACAAUGGAGAGAGUGCGCAGGAGCAAUUUGAGUACAAGUUGGAACAAGCACUGGAAGCACAGUACAAGUAUAUUGUGAUUGAACCUACCCGCAUUGGAGAUGAGACCGCACGCUGGAUCACUGUUGGAAAUUGCCUGCACAAAACUGCUGUCCUUGCAGGCAUUUCCUGUUUGCUCACCCCCCUGGCCCUCCCUGCAGAAUACACACGCUACAUCAGCUUGCCUGCUGGAGCCUUAAGCCUGGCUUGCGCAGCUCUCUAUGGCAUUUCCUGGCAGUUUGACCCCUGCUGCAAGUACCAAGUGGAGUAUGACACCUUUAAACUGUCUAGUUUGCCCCUGCAUACGCUUACUUCCUCCACACCUGUGGUCCUUGUGAGAAAGGAUGACAUUCACAGAAAGAGACUCCAUAACACAGUAGCCCUAGCAGCCCUGGUAUAUUGUAUAAAGAAGAUUUAUGAACUUUAUUUUGUAUGAUUCAAGUAAAAGAAAAACAACUAAAAGACUAAGAGCCUAGUUUGAAGCAUAACUGUUUUUGUUUCUUUUAAGGGCUGUGGAGGCUUGAGAGCCAAAUUAAGUACAAUUUGGAAGUAACUUCUGUGACGCACCAGGGUUUUCUUUAUUCAAUUUUACAUGCAGUAAGUUUUGGAACUGCAGUUUGAUGCAAAUUUGUUUAAAUUAUGGGAGGUUUUAUUGUGUAAUAAAAUGUUGGCAAACAGUGAUUCUGAAAGCCUUUUAAAAGCAUUUGACUUCAGUAUUAAAGAAAGUACUUACUGGUUUUGUUGUA